CUCCGAUCGCGCGCCGGCGGUGAGUGCAAGAUGAUUCGCUGCGGUUGCACAGUGCAUCUUUUGUUUACAACGUUACAACUCGUGUGAGAUUUAAAGGACGGCUAUUGGUGGUUAUAGGAUCAAGAGUAGUAUACUUUACGGAAUGCAGAUUUUGCUGAGCACCACGGAACUGGAUUUUUCGCUCGGUCUAGCUUUUGACUGUUCUGAGUAGUAUAAGUACAACGAAUUAGCACAUAUCCUGUAUGAUGUUCUACAUCAGAAACAGCUCAUGUUCGAUCAUGAAAGGAUUAAAGUGCGAUCACUUCUUAGGACCAGUAAUCUCAUCCAGUGUCUGGCUUAAGUGGUGGCGGGCGUACUUUAUCUAGAUUUGUAUGAUGUGAUGUUCUACUUUGUGAAGUUUUGAAAAUGGGAAAGCCGUGUAUGAUAAUUUAUGACGAAAAAAAAAACGAGCUACUUGACGCGUGGGUUUGGAAAUCAAAAUACAAGUCUUCCUCCGUAUGUUGGUGGUCGCCAGCGACGCAGCCCUCCGCCAAGUCAAGAUAGCUGAAAAGCAAUACUUCAAAAAAAGUAAAACCUGAUAUUGAAAAAAGACACCGUGCUUUUCUUUCUCGUACGCUAUGGCGACUUCGUCAAAUCUUUUUCGGAGAGUGGUGGCCCAAACGGCUAUCAAAAGACCAG